AUGAAGCGUUUCGAUCUCCAAGGAAUUCGUGGAAUCGCAAUUCUCGCAGUACUACUAUUCCAUUAUUUCGGCGAAACAUUCCCAAAUGGAUACAUUGGAGUUGACAUGUUUUUCGUGUUGUCCGGCUACCUGAUGACAAUGAUAUUGGGCUCAUCGAAAUCGCUGGAUUCGGCGUCGAUCCAACAAUUCUACUAUCGCCGAAUCAAACGAAUCGUGCCGCUCUUCAUGUUCACCAUAUUUGGUGCAACGCUUCUCGUCUUUCUAUUAUUCCCGCCAACGUUCAUCUCGAUCAAUUGCGAUUCGGCGUUCACUUCAAUGUUUCUCUAUCGAAAUUUGGCGCGACAUUCGGAUCGAAAUGAGUAUUUCAAAAUGUUGAAUCAAGCCGACGACAUCUUCACACAUACCUGGUCGUUGUGCGUCGAAAUGCAAUUCUACGUGCUCGCGCCUCUUCUGCUCCUCGUCGCCUCCAAAUGCCACGACUACCGUAUCCUGUAUGCGAGUACGGUAUUCAUCGCGAGUCUCGCCUACCAUCUUCUCGCCGAUUCCGACACCUCGUUCAACAGCGUUUUCUGCCGAAUUUGGCAAUUCGUCGCCGGCUCGUUCGCGUUCAACAUCAGCGAAUACUUCAAAGAGCUUGAUGUGAACCCGAAAAAUGAGUUCUUACUAUUGGAUCAAGAUGACCAUGACGACGAUGACUUGGAUAUUGAGCAAGCGAGCCCGAAACUCCGCGGACCAUCUCUUCCACGCCUGCCAUUCCAAACCACUUUGUACAUUUCUCUAAUGCUUCUUCUCAUAUUAUCCUUCUUUCCCGAAGAAUUGCCAUCGAAAAUUUUGCGGAUUGUGUGCACACUCCUGACGGCUGUCAUAAUCACUGCGGGAACCCUUGUAGAUCAAAACCCAUUGAAUAAUCGCCACCUGGUUUAUUUUGGCGAUAUCUCAUACGCCCUCUAUUUGGUGCAUUGGCCCUUAUACGUCUAUCUCAAAUGUUUCUACGAGGACAAUAUUUUGGCCUACCCGUGCGCGAUUUGCAUCUCGAUAAUUCUCGCCAUCCUGAUUUCGGAAACGUUUGAGAAGUUCUACCUAAACUUGGGACCAUCGGGAAUCGCCAUUCUAAUUCUGCCUCUUUAUGUACUCACAAUUGCAAUGAUUUUCGCACAAACACCAUUUCGAAACACCAUCGAUUUUUUUUUGCAUUACAAUGAGCGGCUGAAAAUUGGCAAAUAUUUGGAUGGCGAUAUCGAGAAUCUCGAUUUUUCCAACAUUUCUCAAGAAGACAGCCAAUUUUUGAUGGACCAUUGGUCUCGCAAUGAAUAUCCGAUGCUGAUUGCGCCCCAUUGCCAGCCGAACACGACAGUGCACGGCUUCUGCGAGUUCGAGGAAUCGCGUCUCAACGGCAAUUUGACAACGUUCAUCGUCGGCAAUAGCUACGCGGCGAAUCUCGCCGAUUUGAUCUACAAAAGUGCCGGCAAUUUUUCAGCGGCAAUUCAAAAAUUUAGCGCUUCCGGAUGCGAGGUUUUGACGAUUCACGAAAAGAGAUGCAUACGCCAUUAUAGGGAAUAUAUUAAACGAGUUGCAUCCGCAAAACCCGAUGUUCUUUUUAUUAUUGACAGACAUUUUCGCCUAAACCAACCCAUUACAUCACCGGAUUUGAUUUUAAAAGAAGCUCGAGAAACUCUGAAAAUCUACAAGGAAUCUGUGAAAUCGAAAAUUUACCUAUUGGAUUCGAUUUGUCCGCCAUUUAAGCCGAUCCUAUCGAAGUAUUCCCAAUUGCUGAAAAGCGGCAAAAUUGUGAAACAAGAGGAUUUUGAAAAGGACCCUAGUUGUAUUUAUGGCCAUCGACGAUUGCGGGAACUUUUGAAAGACUGUGGGAAAUGCGAAAUUAUUGAUGUUAAUCGCGCAAUUGGCGACCGAAGCUUCGACGACGCCACAAAACUCGGGUAUUUUUUCGAUGGCGGGCAUUUAACACCAAUGGUGAAGAAGAUCAUUCUUCCAGUAUUCAAGAAUAUUUCAAUGAUUGUUUAA